AGUCAUGUGUGAAGCAAGGUUGGACGAUAGGACACUAAGACAAUUGAAGCUGAAAGUACGUACAGCUUGUGAAAGUGAUUCGACCAAAUAUCAAUAUCCUCUGUUAUGCUCUGCAGUACAAAGUGGUACUUCACGUCAAUCAAUCAGAAAGAGACAAGCAGGCUCUGCUUUUUCUGGUGUUGAGCAUCUUCGUCGACUUCUACUCCGCGGAUUGUUGGGGAAACUGUGUGAAGCUGGACUAUCGUGCAGCCCAGAAGAUGUCACCCUCCCCCCGUCGCAUAGAAACGAUUAUCGAGACGACUUACUACGACACGGUGUGACUCCAGUCAAUCGCCUCGAUAUGUUUCCACGGCAGUAAAGGAUAUCAUUGCUUUUUGUAGAUACUUGUUUUUUUUCUGUGAGUGUAACAAUACCAUGAUAGUACAUGGGUUAUUACUGACGCGAAUCGGAGUACAAAUUAGUUGCUUCUUAAGAGCCUUUUUUUCAAUUGUACUGCUUUCACACAUGGCGAAAAUUUACAUUGAUAGCUUGUUGAAACGUCGCUAGUGAGUUUCUUUUGUACACCUCCCUAAUGAUUGCCGUUAUUCCCAGCAAUUGCCGUCACCUUUAAUCUUUGCUUACCUCAGAGCGUAUACACCGCUCCCAUUUUAGUUUCCACUGCUUGAUAAAUAAUCGAAACCGCAAACAGCCUUUUUU